CAGGCGUCAGUGUACUCAGUACUGCAAGCUAGCAGUUGAAAGGCCAACACCUUCGCGUUCUUGUUCUCGACGUCUGGAUGGUCUCACAAGUCUUCUACCCUGGUAGAUCGACCCACGGUUGCGUGAUCAAGUCCGAGCACGACCUACUUGCUAGCAGGCCAUUUAUCUCCGGAGAAGUGACAGCAAGUACUAGAUUGGCGUGGUGUCGCUUGGACUGGCAAGUUUGAAGAGGAAUGCCAGCGACCCGGCCCGGAUCGAUCGAUAUAGGCCGUACAAGAACACUCAGCUGAAUUUUGUUGAAAAGCAAAUCACUGAGGGCAGUGAAGGUCAGAAAUCAUGAGCAACGGAUCUCUUGGUUCAGCGUCGGCUGCAGAAGCCGAGGGAGACUCAGAGGGCAUUUUCGCAGUGCAGCUAGAAGUGAUGGGCAAGUUACUGGAUGCGGAACGCCGCAAAAUGGCUCUGCUCCAGAGCGAGCUGGUGCAGCACACCGCUGCAGGCAGUACCAGCACAACAAACACUCACCACGCAAACGGUGAGAAUUCCAGCGAGCAGCAAGCAGCAAGCUCCGGAGCUUCCACAUCAGGACUGGCAACAACUAAUCAACAGCAGCAGCAGCAACGCAUUCAGCCUCUGCCCGUCAGUCGCACAAUCCAAGGCGAGGCGAUCAGUCGGCAACGUCAGAGUAUAACUCGUCUGCAGGAGCAACAUGAUCGCUUGGAGACCGAAUAUCGCGUGGCAGCUGCUGGAAUGUUUCGUAAACGAAGCUCAGCAUCGGCACCCAAAGCCCAACGCUCGCAACCAGCGAUUGGUUUGAGGCAAACCACCAAGCCGAGACCUUCAAUUUUCAAUUCAUUACCACUGGGUGACGGGCAAACAUCCGAUCCGGAAAGUCCGUCUGACGACAAUGUGUUCACACGGGCUCGGAAAGAAAGUCUUGCUGCUUCAUUUGCAGACAUUGCUGGACGGGGUGCCCGGCUUAGUUUUGUUGUAGCGGACAGUCCCUCAAUGAUCUACAAGAAUGGGAGACUGGUCAGCGGAACUCUGGAGUCGCUCAUUGAACAUUUGGUGCCGACCGACAAACACUACCCUGAUCGUACGUUUCUGUUCGCCUUCCUGUUAUGCUCACGCCUCUAUCUGCAUCCGCACGAACUGAUGGCACGCGUGGCCAAGCAGUUCCGCAACAUAGUGGGACCAACAAGUGGCGGUGCUGGUGGCUCUGGCAGGCACAGCCGUCACUCUUCCGCAUCUGAAGUCGAUGUGGAUGGUGGUGCGGACAACCAGCACACCCAGAGUUCCUCGUCGCCAACAGGCAACCCUCCGGUGCCCGGCAGUAGCGUUCCGCUGGGACUGCGGCCCGGCGUCAUGGAGACGGCGCGCAACAUGGUGCAGUUCCUGUCCGAGUGGACGGAGUCGUUUGCGUAUGACUUCCGCGAUGAGAAGAUGAUGAAGCACCUGAAGGAGAUCACGCAGGCCUGUGCUAGCCUCUCACCAGCUGUACGCCAAUCAGUAGGACAGGUAACCUCUGUACUCAUCAAGCGCUUGGCGACACUAGACAAAUACGAAGACAUGCUGAGCCGGGCAGACAUUGCAAUGUCUGAAAAGCUGACCCAGGUCAAUCGUCAGGUGGACAUCAUGGAAAUCUGUCCAUCAGCACGUGUCCUUGCCCAACAGCUGACGCAUGUUGAACUGGAGAGACUGACCCACAUCGGAGCUGAGGAGUUCAUCCAGACGUUUGUAUCCGUAGAGUCGCCAUGCACCACCGACGGUGAAAUGAAGCUGACGCGCAACCUGGAGGCGUACGUGGAGUGGUUCAAUCGCCUCAGCUACCUGAUUGCCAUGGAGAUCUGCUGUUCGAGCAAGUCACGAGACAAGAAGAAGCGGGUGAAGGUGAUUGACUACUUCAUCGAUGUGGCAAAUGAAUGCUUUCAACUGAACAACUUCAACUCACUCAUGGCGAUCAUAGCUGGGAUAAACAUGACACCAGUAACACGCCUGAAAAAGACCUGGUCCAAGGUGAACAUGGUCAACAAUGAGUUGCUAGAAACAUACGCCAAUCCAAGCGGUAACUUCAACAACUACCGUGUAGCGCUGGUGGAGGUCAUGUCAGUCGGUCAAGUGCAGGAUGAGAGCUUCUGCGUGAUUCCUUUCUUCAGUCUGCUAGUGAAAGACAUCUACUUUCUCAACCAAGGUAUGAAGAAGCAGACUGCAGAGCAGCAUGUCAACUUUGAGAAAUGCUGGCAGCUUGCAAAGCUCGUAACCCAGUUCAUGAGCUGGAAGCAAGUUGCUUGUGACUAUGAGCGAUCUCGCAGCGUGCUCAAUUACCUGAUGACUACGCCACUGAGCAGCGAGGAUGAGCUCUUCCUGGCCUCCUUCGACGUUGAAGCGCCGGAAUCAGCGUAUGAAAAAGACCGGUGCAAGGCGCUGCGGGCCAAGCAUCCGGACAUCGCUGAUAAAUCCUCCCCGAAGAAACGCUAGACAGUACAGCGUGUUACUGUCUGGAUGAUCUUCCAUGCUACCAAGUACCGGCUCAGAUAGAUAGAGAGAAAGGCAUGGGCUGCUGUACAAUGGCAUGCAGUAGCUACCCAAGGACCGAGGACGCAAGGCGGAUACCGGUCUUAUCUUUAUUGGAACUCAGCAUUGUAACGUUAGAAACUCAGCUGCAGAACGCACGAGUAGAUUUCACUAGCCGUGCUGCAUGUGCCGGUGUACAGUCAUAGUACUCUGGGUUUGUCAGCAGCAACAUCAUGUAGUAGAGCUUGAUUUUUAUUGAAAGAGAACCUUUCUGUCAAGAGUUAACAUACCGUUUAACAACAGCUUCUUGUUGCAUCCUCAAGGUGCUUCGAUAUUCGUCUCUAGUAUUUCUUACAGAUUUCUGCUUCCAAGAAGGACUUGAUUUCGGUACCUCUUACUUGUGUAUCAUGGUGUAUAGUUCGCCUUCUCCGCUGUGUAAAAACUUGUGCACAAGCGCAUAUAUAAACACAUAGCUAGCUUACUUCGCGACUUGAGAUUUUCCUUCAAAUUUUUCUUAUACUUUACUUAUCUAAUGAAAUUGACACGUAACAAUAGAUAGAAGCCAAGUCGACGGUGAUAAGUUAUAUUGCAAUACACUGCGGCUGGUGAAGGUGUGCAGUAAAUCAUGUCAUAGCGACACAUUUGUCAAAGUACAUGGUGAUGGCUGUGCCAGGUACCAGGUGAUGGCAUCACAUGCAUUGUACAUAUAGCACCUGCUUCUUGA